GAGGGGCCGACGGAGAAGGCUCAGGCCUGGCGGAAGCCAUGUUUGUGGCACGCAGCAUUGCAGCGGAUCAUAAGGACCUCAUCCAUGAUGUCUCUUUCGAUUUCCACGGGCGGCGGAUGGCGACCUGCUCCAGCGACCAGAGCGUCAAGGUUUGGGAUAAAAGUGAAAGUGGAGAUUGGCAUUGUACUGCUAGCUGGAAGACACAUAGUGGAUCUGUGUGGCGCGUGACAUGGGCUCAUCCUGAAUUUGGACAGGUUUUGGCUUCCUGCUCUUUUGACCGAACAGCUGCUGUAUGGGAGGAAAUAGUAGGAGAAUCAAAUGAUAAACUUCGAGGACAAAGUCAUUGGGUUAAGAGGACAACACUAGUGGAUAGCAGAACAUCCGUUACUGAUGUGAAAUUUGCUCCUAAGCAUAUGGGUCUUAUGUUAGCAACCUGUUCAGCGGAUGGUAUAGUAAGAAUAUAUGAGGCGCCAGAUGUCAUGAAUCUCAGUCAGUGGUCUCUGCAGCAUGAGAUCUCAUGUAAGCUAAGCUGUAGUUGUAUUUCUUGGAACCCUUCAAGCUCUCGUGCUCAUUCCCCCAUGAUAGCUGUAGGAAGUGAUGACAGUAGUCCAAAUGCAAUGGCCAAAGUUCAGAUUUUCGAAUAUAAUGAGAACACCAGGAAAUAUGCAAAAGCUGAAACCCUCAUGACAGUUACUGAUCCUGUCCAUGAUAUUGCAUUUGCUCCAAACCUGGGAAGGUCUUACCACAUUCUGGCCAUAGCAACGAAAGAUGUGAGAAUUUUUACAUUAAAGCCUGUGAGGAAAGAACUUACUUCCUCUGGUGGGCCAACAAAAUUUGAAAUCCAUAUAGUGGCUCAGUUUGAUAAUCAUAAUUCUCAGGUUUGGCGAGUGAGUUGGAAUAUAACAGGAACGGUGUUAGCAUCUUCAGGUGAUGAUGGCUGUGUAAGAUUAUGGAAAGCAAAUUAUAUGGACAAUUGGAAGUGUACUGGUAUUUUGAAAGGUAAUGGGAGCCCUGUCAAUGGGAGUUCUCAGCAGGGAAAUCCAAAUCCUUCCCUAGGUUCAAAUAUCCCAAAUCUUCAAAAUUCAUUAAAUGGAUCUUCUGCUGGCAGGUAUUUCUUUCCCCUUCUGGAUUCUCCACAGGCUGGAUUGGGAUGGGCCAGUUAUGCCCAGCUCCUUGCUUCUCCUCCUCCUCCUCCUCCUCCUCUUUCCAUGCUGACACUGUCUCAGUAUCCUUACCCUUGCAGAUGAUCUCUAUCUGGGCCUCUUAAUCCCUUACCUGAGAAUGAAGGGGUUUAAAACACUGACUUAACAUUUAAACGCUUUGAGUGCUUGUACAUGCUUUCAUUUCUGGCUGCUUCUUACUUUUCUUUCAGAAGAUUUUUCUAAUUUAGGGUCUGUCUUGCAUGUAUUACAACCAGAAUAGUGUUUAGAACAUAAAUGCGUUUGUGCUUCUGCAUUAAAGGAACAUUUCUUCAUUGGUUGAUAACCUUUGAUGAAAUGACAUUCAAUUGUGAGAAUUACAUCCAGUAACUGACUUCAAAGUGCCUGUUCUGUAGAUUUUAUUUCAAACUGUUACCAUGGUGUUUCUUAUGGUUUGUCACACUGGUUAAUGUGAAAGCAUGUCAUUAUGAAGUUCACUUUGCCUUUGAGACAUAUUAAGAAAUGUUUUUAAUUUUACAGGCUAAUACUGAAACUGACCAGUUUGUAAAAUA